AUGAAGACUGAGCAUAGCCAGGCUGCCACGCCGCAGCCUCCGGCGCUCCGAGAGGUGACGGAUCUCCUCCAAAUCGUAGCGUCGGACGGCAGAUCCGAUUUGAGUCCCGAGCCGGAGGACACUAGUGGACAAAUGUCCGAUUUAGGGAUCGAAACGGACUCGGAAGAGUGCGAGGACGACGACGUGACGGUUCUGACCGAGGACGAGUCCCAUUACAUAACCACGCACGCCAUUCGGCUCUCGGAGCUGUCCGACGGUCAUGAUUCCGACCCGGGCGCGGGAUCCUCUUCCUCGUCCACGUGGGACGCGGAGGACGGACACCAGGUGUUCUCCUUUGUGGAUUACGCCUCGCUGGACCGCGACGGAGUGCUGAUGAUGAAGAGAGGGAGGGACGCGGCGGUCAGCAGUCUGCGCGAAAGCGAUCCGUCGCUGCAGUUUGGCGCUCGUGGCGAGGGUGGCGGACAGGUCCACCUGUCAAUCAAAACGACUUCCCGGGCUAUAAAUGAACCCCGGCGAGAAAAUACUGUUUAUCAUGCCAAAGACGCCAGAGAUAUAAGCCCCUUGGCCGCGGCGGGAGCGGACGGUAACAUCGACGGGGCGAACAGUGUCGGUCCCGCAGCAGGCGGCAAAUUGCUAGCGAAGGAAAACGCGGAGUAUUCCAGUUGCGCUUCCAGCGAACUAGACGACGCCGACAAGGAAGUGCGUAACUUGACAGCCAGAGCCUUCAAGAGCUUGGCUUAUCCUUACUUGGACGCCAUCAACUUCAGCAACUCCAGUGAGUCUUCCGCGUCAGAGCAAAUCAACAGGUGGUCCACGUUUGUCGACCUGAAGUACUCCAACGUGAGCCAGAGUCUUCUUUCCCAGCCGACAGCUGAGGAGGAAAGGGGGGGGAAUACCAACGUUUUUGCCCAGCAGCUGACUGGGGAUGGAGCUCCUGCCGGUGCUUCUUCUACAAAGAAAAUAGAACUGAUGGGAAAGUUUGCUCAAGGGCACAGCGGGGUGAUACGGCUUACGGAGACUCUGAAUUUUUGUUGCAACGUCAAAUCAGGAAUGUCGGCGGGCGAAAGACGCGCCAGUGUUGCUCCAAACCCCACGGGAGCAGGAUCACGUUCCACGGAUGAGGUUACCGCUCACAGUUUGCAAGGCGGCAGUGGGAGAGCUGUCACUUCUGUGUCUAAAAGCAUGGAGGGCGCCCACAAGAAAGCCAUCUUCGCUUCCAGCGUGAUUCAAAAUGUGCUAUCCAAAAAGAUGCAGUUUGAGCAGGAGCGCCGAAUGGAAAGGGGGGAGGUGCGGGAGCCCCGGCGCAAGGGCAGAGAUCUGCAAAGACAAGGCUCAAGGCUCUCCGAAAGUAACUCCGACGACUCGGCCGACGUGACGGAUUGCGGCUCCAGACUGGACUCUCUGCCGCAAGACGCUCCGGAGGCGCCGGAUAAAGCGACGGAUGCUAAAAGGGGCUCGGUAGAAGCGUCCAAAGGGGCUUUGCUUCACAGCCAAAAUAGCGCCUUCAGAUGCUGGAGGAAUGAGGAGCUAGAGUUUCCCAAGGAUCAUAAAAACCAUAAAACCCCAGAAGAGACGCCACCUCUAGAGGCAAUGCCGGAACAGUACUCGGCCAGCUGUGGCAAACUGACUAAAAUGUCACAUUUGUUUGUGCCAAACAUCAAACGCGUGGCCAGCAACGGGGAUGAGGAGAAGGAGCUCCAGGUCAGAUCUGACCACACCUUGUACAUAGCAACAGAUCCGGGGACUGUUGCCGUGUCAAGAUCUCCAGAAAUUAAAAUUAAUCUCCAAAGCUGUAACGCAGUCAGAACCGAUGACUCCAAAUGCCAAGGGGUCCUGGCAGCAGCUUUGAAGGGUGAGUCCUCAGAUAAAGUGCCUCAUUUUAUGGUCCGAGACAUUCGAGAGGGUAAAGGAAAGCUCCAGACCCCUAUACACCAAGUUAGGGAUGUGCGCAAAUUAGUUAAAAGUUCCUAUCAUUUUGUUUCUUUGGAUCAUAAAUCCGACCUUUCCACCACCGACAACCACCAAGAAUCUCGACAUCCUUCAUCCGUUUCCCCCAUUGUGAUAAAAUGCCAGUCAGUGAACACAAACAGCAGCAAAUGUGACUUGUCUACCGAUAGAUCAUCUCCAGAGGGCGCCAAAAGUUCACUCGUGCAAAGAACGGCGCGGAAAGCGCCCCAGGGGAUCUUCGACGAUCUCCCGGAGGAGAUGAGUUUAAGAAUUGAGAGCAAACUAGCUUCAAAGACUGAAAAAAUCGCCGAGGUUACAGAUAAGCAACCUGCGUCCAACCGGUCGGCUUUUGAAAAGCUUCAGGCAGCGGUGAAAACCAUGGAGCAGCUUUAUGUUUUUGACAAAAAUGAAUGGAAAAGGAAAAACCAGCCACAACCGCUGAUGGACAGCCACGUGCUUUCACUGAUUGCAAGUGAGGAGAACUGUGAGGAGGAAGCACUACGAGGGUCCAUUGUGGAGAAAACCAGGGAUUCCUACCCCGGUUUGAACAAGACGCCACCGCUACGGAAUGCAGGUGACGCCGAAGACCGCCUCAAAUCCAGAUUGCCCGCAGUUCCUUCUAAAAAUCUGGUCAGUUCCAGCCUGAAGGCGUCCCCAGGAGUCACCGUAGGGGCAUCCGCCAAACCCCAGCAGCCAAACACCGCUGCUCCGACACCUUACAGCACCAAAGCAUUUGCCCCUAAAUCACCUAAAUUACCCUUGUCCUUAAAAGUCUACCCAUCAAGUGUCGAGUCGAAAGAAAUUCUGGCCACGGACCAGAACACUGAUCCUGAGAACUACCUAACCAUUCCGGUUAAGUCUCAAGCAAGCAGUAAAGAGGGCUCAUCUGUGUUCUCCGGCCCGUCCCGCCCGACUAGUCUUCCCUUGCACAUCCCUGCGCCAGGCAUUAAGGGACAUGAAGAGCAGUCCCAGAGGAGCUCCAAAAUUACUACUCAGUCACCAGAUGUUCCCCCGGCAACCAUUUAUCACUCCGUGCCUUUGGCGAUGUCAGCAAAUCAGCCUCAGGUGUUCUGCAUCUCUCCCGCGAUCACCCCAGCCCCCGUGAUGGAGCCGUUCCCAGCCACGCAGCGGAAGAUGCUCCUGGAUCCCACCAGCGGAAGCUACUACCUCGUCGACACCCCGGUUCAACCCUCCACACGGCGCCUUUUCGACCCGGAAACUGGGCUCUACGUUGAAGUACCCGUGCCUCAACCUCCCGUGACCCCCGUUCCUAUGCCAAUUACCCCUCUGGCCCUGGGUUCCGCCGCAUACGGACACACCUACAUGAUCUACCCCGGUUUCAUGACGUCACCCCCUGUUAUUUCCACCCGGGCACUGGUGCAGCCUCAGGUGCUGGACAAAGCAGCGCCCCAGCAGUCCGAGGGUAUGUACAUGGAGACACCCUUCAACAUGACCCCCGGAAAGGUGGUUUCAGUGACCCCCGCCCGGCCGCAGCAGGGCAUGCCGCCGGUCAUCAGCAUCUCGUCACAGCAGGGGCCUCGGAUCGUCGCUCCGCCCUCGUUCGACGGAACCACCAUGAGCUUUGUUGUUGAGCACAGGUGA